CUGAGACACACACACCUCUGGUGAUGCUGAUAAACUCAUGAGAGUCAGUGGAGUGUUUGUCCUGUGUUUGACAGACACUACGCGGCCCAAGCGCGAGUACGAGGUGGACGGCCGAGACUAUCACUUCGUGUCUUCACGUGAACAGAUGGAGAAGGACAUUCAGAGCCACCGCUUCAUCGAGGCCGGACAGUACAACAGCCACCUGUACGGCACCAGCGUCCAGAGCGUCAGACAGGUGGCCGAGCAGCACGGGAAACACUGUAUCCUGGAUGUUUCAGCAAAUGCAGUGAGGAGGUUACAGGCCGCCCAACUUCACCCCAUCGCCAUCUUUAUACGACCCUCAUCCCUGCAGAACAUACUAGACAUUAACAAGCGUGUGACGGAGGAGCAGGCUCGGAGAGCUCUAGACCGAGCUGUUAAACUGGAGCAGGACUUCAUCGAGUGUUUCUCAGCGAUCGUGGAGGGCGACAGCCUCGAGGAGAUCUACCAUCGUGUGAAGUCUGUGAUUGAGGAGCAGUCUGGACCGUAUAUCUGGAUCCCAGCGCGAGAGAGACUGUAAACACACACACACACACACACACACACACUCGUGCGUGAGGACUGCAGCAGGGGCUCAUGGGAGUCUCUAGACUGAAGCAGGUGCACAGGAUGAUCUUUUGAUUCACACGGACACCUUACAUAAUGUAAAUAUGCAUUAAAUAUGCGUCUGUGCGGACACUUACCUCAUCGUGUGAAAACACUGUGUGUGUGUGUGUGUGUGUGUAUGUACGUGUGUGUGUGUGUGUGUGAGAGAGCCACUGCUACUGAUGAUGCUGAUGAAGGUGAUCAUGUGGGUUGUUUCCAUGACGAUUGUGAGCUCAGUGAGUGUAACAGUGUCUGAGGCAAUAUAGACAUGAGCACUGAGCACUUUACUAACACACACACACACACACACACACACUCACUCUCACACACAGACACACACUCGGACAUGACAUGCGUGUGUGUGUGUGUGUCUCAUUGUGAGGACAUGUCUCUAUAGGGCUACUGUUUACAUAUAAUACACACUUUAAUCUGCACAGGGAGAGAAAUUCAUGUGUGUGUGUGUGUGUGUGUGUGUGUGUGUGUGUGAGAGAGAGAGAGAGAGAUUUGGAGCAUUAGAUUCAUUCAGUCACAGAGAGGCUGCAGUGAUUUGUAAAUAAUUUAAUGAUUAAUGUGUGUGUGUGUGUGUGUGUGUGUGUGUGUGUGUGUGUGUGUGUCUGUGUGUGUGUGUGAUGAGUAUUAUUAUUAUUAUACAGAAUAUUCUACAGCUGUACAGACAGAUUCAGAUGAUCUGAACCAAUGGGGCUUUAAACACAUGAACACUGCACUUCUCUGAGCCAAAACUACCCACAAUCCACCUCUCUGCCCAUACAAACACAUGCUGUACUCACGCCUACAUCCACUCCACCCACAAUGCACUGCGCUCAGUCCUCAACAUUCAACCAAAGUGUUUUUCUGCUUUAGUUUGUGUUCGUCUUCAUCUCAGACUCAUGUUCACACACUCACAGACGGACGCUCGCUAUAAUGUGAAAUAAACUGAUUCAUGAAUAUAUUUCCUGCUGUAAACUAGAUACAGUACUGACAUGAUGAUUCAUUAAACUGUUUUAAUAAUUCCUCAGGCUCCCGUGUGUCU